GACAGUGAGACGAAACGCUUCAAUCAUAAUGCACUGGAAAGGAAGAGGAGAAUCAUACAGAAGGACAGGUUGCAGGAUUUACGGGAACUAGUGCCAGACGUUACCUCGGACAAACCCUCGACCAUGGAGGUGCUACAAAAGGCGUCGUCAUACAUACGCAGGCUACACCAACAAGUGAAUGUGAAUACCACGGAAAUGGACACCCUUAUCUACCGCAAUACGGAUCUCAUGUCCCGAUUGGCUGCUAUUACUAAGUCUCGCAACUUGCCGUGGCCGGCGGGACAACCUCAGUACACUCCUCCGGAUGUCUCGGUCAAUGGACACCAGGUUACGCAUACGCCGGGCGGGAGUGCGGCUAGUUCUAUAAAUAGAACAUUGCAGCCAAUGACAGCCCCAAUGGCACACAGUUCGCACUAUGCGUCAACACCCGUAGCACCACCACCGUCUCUGAGCUACGACAGCGGUAGUGGUGUCAAUUCAGCAGGUGUCAGCGUGUCAAACGGGUUCAAUACCAACGGUACCUACCCCGGUGGCGACUACUCACAGAGUGCCAGUACGAAUGCGGGCCAUGUGAAUGGUGUUCAUGCCAGUGCCACCCAUACGAACAGUGGCCACACUGGCGGUAUCAGUGCUCAGGCUCAAGGGAUCAAUCCCGGUAGCUAUAACCCGGUCAAUGACAACCCCAGCAGCGCCGCCAAUCGGAUCUCCGCGCCUCCGAAAGGCACUAUCAACUCGAAUGGUGCUCCUUCUAAUAAUAGCACCCAAUCCGAUGGCGGGAAUGUAAAUGGUGUCAGUGCACAGCACGCUGCGUCGCAGAGUAUCACCUCCGCAUCCCCCUCGUAUAUUAGGCCAGUCUACAUCAGCCAAUCAUCCUCCAACACAGAGUUCCCUAUCAGCGACCCGACCAGAGCUAGAACAAGCAUGUCCAUCAAAACAGAAUUCACCAAACCAGCAUAUACCGGUCGCAGAGACUCCAGUACCUCCAGCCAUUCAGUAUCAAGUUCAUUGCCAAACAUCGGGCCCAGGAAACGAAGCGUCCAUGUCGCAGAGUCGAAUAACUACUAUAUAGAGCCGCGCUUACGGAAAAUCAGUCGCAGUGAAGUCGAUUUUGAUAGGGACGACGAUCUCGAAGCAGAUGCUGCGUUACUGACGGACUUGCACAAUGAAAGGAGUAAUAGUGUAUUCAAAAUGGACAUGGACAGCGAUAGGAAAACAUCACCCGACUCACAGCCAUGCAAAUGCGGUAAGCCCUGGGAUGGCAAACCAAUGGUCAUGUGCGAGGAGUGCAUGCGGUGGCUGCAUGGGGCGUGUGCUGGGUUGAUGGGACGACAACACUUUGUCAACUACGUGUGCAUUGAAUGCCAGCAGCAGCCACACCCAGCACCGCCGCAAGCGUAG